AUGAGCGAUCCGCGCGAUUACAACGAUGCAGAGUCCGAAGAGGAAGAUGACUUCAAUCCCGUUCCCGCUGACAUGAGCGACGAUGACGCCAAGGGAGAUGCCGAAGGCGAUGAAGACGACGACAAUCAACACAGACAGACAACAAAGGCCCCCUCGCCUGCGCGCAAGAGACCCGCUGCUGCCGAUCACGACGACGAUGAAGACGAAGACGAGGAGGACGAUGACGGCGCCAACAAUGGCCCCGGAGGUGAUGACGAAGACGAGGAUGAGGAAGAAGAGGACGAAGAAGAUGAAAUACAGGGACAUCGCCGAAAGCGUCGCCGGGACAAGCGCAAUGCCUUCUUCGAUAUCGAAGCCGAAGUCGACGAUGAAGACGAGGCUGAGGACGACGAAGAGGCAGAAGCAGAAAACGAAGGCUUCAUUGAACAAGAAGAGCUCGGGGAUUUUGGCGAUGCCGGUCGGUUGGAAUCAGAUCGGCGACAUCGAGAGCUCGACCUGCAGCGCGACCGCAUGAACCAUGAAGACCUCCAGAAGGAAGCAGAAUCAUUCGUGCGGAAAUACGGUCAUAGACGCCAUGCUAGGGGCAUGGGCGACACCACUAUUGUUCCCCAGCGUUUACUGCUCCCAAGCGUCGACGAUCCCUCCAUCUGGGGUGUGCGCUGCAAGGAAGGAAAGGAGCGGGAAGUCGUCUACUCCAUAACGAAGCGCAUCCAUGAGAGGAUGGGCACAAAAGACGAACUGGGCAUCACGGCUGCCUUUGAACGCGGUGGCCCAAACUCCAUUUACAAGGGUAUAGUCUACGUCGAGGCAUAUCGACAGACCGAUAUCCUACAGGCUCUCGAUGGAAUGCUUAAUGUGUAUCCUCGAUCCAAGAUAAUCCUGGUCGACAUUAAAGAGAUGCCCGAUCUUUUACGCGUGCAAAAGACGCCUACGCUAGAACCUGGUGCAUGGGUACGACUCAAGCGGCCUAUGAAGUACGCAGGUGAUUUAGCCCAGGUCCAAGACAUCACAGAGAAUGGCCUGGAUGUAAAGGUGCGAUUCAUACCCAGAUUGGACUAUGGAGUGCGAGACGACACACUUGCGGGAAGUACUGCAGACGGCAAGCGGAAGCGUCCUAUUAUGGGCCCAAGACCCCCUCAGAAGCUAUUCAGUGAGGUUGAGGCCCGAAAGAGGAACCCUCGCAUUCUUACAGGCAACCCCCAAACUAAUGCCUGGUCAUUCGGCAACGAUUACUUUGAAGGCGGCUUCCAAGUCAAAGACAUCAAGAUUCAACACCUUACUGUCAAAGACGUUAACCCAAGCCUGGAAGAAGUAACGCGGUUUACUUCUGGAGGCGAGGACGGCGUCGAGAACAUCGAUCUCAAAUCACUUGCUGCCAGUCUCAAGGACAGUAACGCUACCACUACUUACCUUCCAAACGAUGUGGUUGAGGUAUACGAAGGCGAACAGAAGGGUGUUGUCGGCAAAGCUACACAAGUACAGGCCGACAUCGUUACUUUACAAGUCACAGAGGGCGAAUUGGUUGGGCAGACUAUCGAUGUGCCCACCAAGGGUCUACGCAAGCGAUUCCAGCUGGGUGAUCACGUCAAGGUGAUCGGAGGCAGCAGAUAUAGAGACGAACUGGGCAUGGUUGUCAAGAUUUCUGAGGAUCGCGUAACACUCCUCACCGAUCAAACAAAUACCGAAAUCACAGUCUUUAGCAAGGACCUAAGAGAGGCUAGCGAUAUUGCUGGCCAAGGUUCACUCGGCCAAUAUUCCCUCCUCGAUCUUGUCCAGUUGGAUCCUACUACAGUGGGCUGUAUUGUCAAGGUCGACCGCGAGUCGCUGGUGGUGCUGGAUCAGAAUGGCGAUACCCGACAGGUCAUGCCAUCCCAGAUCGCAAAUAAACUGCCCAAGAGAAAACUUGCCGUUGCUGCUGACCGCACGGGCUCUGAAAUCCGACCAGACGAUGUCGUAAAGGAGUACGGUGGCAUGGGCCGGCAAGGCAAGAUUGUUCAUAUUCACCGGAGCUACGUGUUCUGCCAUACACACCAAACAACAGAGAAUGCUGGUAUUUUUGUUUCUCGCGUAAGCAGCGUAUCAACCAUCUCUGCUAAGGGUGGUCGAAUCAACGCAGCGUCAUCAGGACCCGACUUGGAUUCAAUGAACCCUGCGAAGAAACUCAAUCCCACAGGACGAAAUGAUAUGCCACCUCCCCGACAAGUAUUUGGACGAGACAAACUCAUUGGUCAGACUGUUACGAUCCGCAAAGGUGGUUGGAAAGGUCUUUUGGGCCGCGUCAAGGAUACUACCGAUACUCACGCGCGGGUAGAAUUGCAUACGAAGAGCAAAGUCAUUAGCGUGCCUAAGACGGAUUUGAUGGUCAGAGACAGCGUCAGCGGCCGUGAGAUCAAGAACUACGAGAGCAGACGUCCAGGCGGACCUAACGGAACGCCCGCACGGCCACAAGAACGUGCUGCACCGGACUGGAACAGCGGAAGUCGUACCCCUGUUGUUACAUCAUCUGCUAGAACCCCAGCUUGGAAGACACCAUCAGGAGGAAUUGGUGGACGCACGCCCGCUUGGGGUAAGGGUGGCGAUGGUGGAAGAACGCCUGCAUGGGCCGAUGGAUCGAGAACUGUCAAUCCUUACGAUGGUAGCAGGACAGCAUACGGGUCGGGCGGCCGCACUCCGGCGUGGUCCUCGGGCGGCUCCAAGACACCUGCCCACGACUACGGGUCCAAAACACCAGCCUACGGCGGCAGCAAUGGUGAUUCAUGGGGUUCGAAAACUCCCUAUGGUGCUUCAGCAGCUACACCCGGUGCCAGCGGAAGCGAUUCAUGGGGCUACACACCUGGCGCAAGUGGAUCCUCCAGCGCAUACGAUGCACCGACUCCUGGCGCCAGUAUGUUGAGCGCACCCACUCCCGGUGCCCUCAACGCGCCGACGCCCGGCGCAUAUAACGCUCCUACACCUGGCGCGCCGACGCCAGGCGCCGGGUGGCAGAGCGGCUGGGGAACGGAAUCUGCGCCUACCCCUGCUGCCGCCGCGCCCACACCGGCUGCUAGUGGAGGUGGAUAUUAUGGCGCGCCGACGCCUGGGGCUUACGCUGCUGAUACACCUGGACCGAGAUACACUGAUGAUGACUAGAUGGGGGGGCUGUACUAUAUUACAUGACAGUGGUUAGGCGAUUCACGGUUAAGAUGACACCAGAAUACCUGAAGCAUAAAAGAGGUAGAUGGUAGGUUCGGGGAGCUCUUGAAGAGUUUUGCUGAGGGCAGAGAGGAUUCAAUAGAACGGUGCUGGAAUCUAAAAUGAGUUUUCCUGUGAUGCGAUGUGAUGUGAUAUAUUACCUAAUGAUAUAUUGUGAUAUGUUGAGGUAUGUCGUGGUGUGGUGUGGUGUGGUGUGGUGUGGUGUGAUCUGCGAUGCCAUUUGUGUAAGGUUAUAUGCUAUACUAUUCUUGUUUGCGCUAAGGUAGGUGAUGUGUUGUGCAGUAGGUAUUGUAGAGAUGGAUGGAUGGGUGUUAGGUUUUGGAUGCUGGUGUAUUGCUUAUGAGCUGAGGGAGGGAUAAAGGGAGGAAAGAAGAGGAGUGGGAGAAGAGUGAAUAGACCUGUGUGUAGAUAUAAAGAUGUCUGAUGUACCUAUAUAUUGUCUACUGCCUGUCGGUCUGUCUGUCUCCCUUCAAUGUUGAUAUGUAACUCUGGAGGAAUGUCAGGGUGUUUACAUGCGUCCUUUUCAGGAGUGAAUUAGAACCUGUAGGU